GAGAGUGGUCUGCUGAAGGCAGGACGGCAGAAGAGAGAACAAGAACUGACUGAGGCAAACAUGUCAUCUACCUUGAUCCACUCCCUCUGGUUCCUCCUGGUCCUCUUCUCCAGAGGCAUCGACACAACUGAAACACCACCUCCGUUGGUCCCAGAUGACCCACCAGCACUGCUUGAAAAGAGUGUGGUCCUUAAGGGUGACAGUCAUGUUGAAAAUGUUGAACUUUUGGAACCCAUCAAGGUAAAGUUAGACUGUACCUGGACAGGUAACAAAACCAAAUUGCCCAACAUUACUGGGUAUUGGAAAAAAGAUGGGAUUGAAAUUGAUAACACUCAAGUCAGAGUACAAUUGGAAAAUGAGCGGUAUAAUCUCAAAAAAGUGUUCAGCAUUAAUAAAGAUAACCUGGGGGAUUACUCCUGUGUCUUUGUCGGUUCACAAGAUGGGGCGAAAAUAGACUUCCAUUUGGCAGCACCAAAGAUGAGUGACAUGAGAGACAAGCCAGUUGUGAGCUAUGUUGGUGACUCAGUGGUGAUUGAUUGUAAAUCAAAGAAACCUCCGGUCUAUUGGCUCUGGUAUAAAGUCAAUGGGACCGAGAAGGAGCUUAUUGACACGGGAGCUAACUCUUCGCGCCACAGGAUGCAUGUCAACGCCGAAGGGUAUCAUUCCAAACUGACGGUGCUGCUGGUGAACGAGUCUGAUGCCGGGAUCUACUCAUGCAGCGCGGUCUUCCACAUCGGCGCCAGUGAAGGCCACGUGGAACUACGGGUUAUCACCUUCAUAGAACCCCUCAAGCCUUUCCUAGCCAUCCUGGUGGAGGUUGUCGUCUUGGUCUUCCUUAUUCUACUGUGUGAGAAACGCAACUCGCGGAAGCAAAACCACUCAGGAAAUGAAAAUCAAAGUGCCCAAACCAGUAAGCUGGCACAAGGAGAAAAUGGGAUGGAAGAAAGUUCCACAAUAAGACAAAGAAAGAUGUAAACAUCAACAGAGGUCAAAGUCAUAUCAGGUUUGAUCUGUUUCAACUCAUUUUCAUCAGAAUAUAAAAUUCAUUUACAUUCAAGAAAGAAUGUUUUAGCAUUUGAAUUCCAAACUGCUUCCUGAAAUAAACCAUAAUGGAUUCAGUCACUGGUAAAUCUAUUCAUGAAAUGUUCCUAGUGCUUUUGUUUUCAGAGGUUGAGGUAUUUUGGAUGAUUAUUGUUGCAAAACUAUGGCCACAGUCUGUCACAAAUGAAUAGUUGCAAUGUAUUUUGUAACCCAAAGAAAAGUGAGUCAGCCUUACUGAAUGAGGAGUUCCAUAUCUUUCUGUAUGCUUGUGUUAUUCAUGUUUGCUCCGGUUCUUCCAUAUCCUGCUUGAGAACAUAUUAGCACUAGGGGUGGGCGAUACUGCAAAAUUUGGUAUUGAUCCGAUACCAAGUAAAUACAAGGCCAGUAUUUGGCGCAUUGGCAUUGCUUUCCCCUACACAAAAGUAGAUCAGAUGCUUUUCAAAGUAAAAAGUAUCGGUAUCGGCAAUACUGGCCCUGUAUUUACUUGGUAUCGGAUCGAUACCAAAUUUUGCAGUAUCGCCCACCCAAAGUUUGCAUAAUCA